CCAUAGACUGGAGUUGCCCAUCCCUGACCUAGGACAUGGGGAGCAGUGAGGCCGAGCUGCCCUUAAAAGUUCAGAACACCGACAGAUAGAUGGCCUUGUCCUCAGAGGGAGAUGGCAUCAAUCUACCGCGGUGCAUGGUGGGAAUGAUCAGAUCAGGUAAGCUGAAAUGAGACCGUCUGAGCCGCAAGAACAGGUGAAUGAUUACUGUAGGCCUACUGUUAAUGCCGUCGUCCAAAGAUACCUUGUUAUCUUGGUCCCAUAACGAACAAAUAGUGGAUGUUUUGACGCGAGGAGUCCAAUUAACUUUAAUGAGAGCCCGAAUGAAAAGCGGAGAUACGCUACAAAAAGAGGUCGACAACUCGCCAAAAACCUGGAAUUAGUAGCAGGGUUGAGCUGAGAGGCGCCAUGCUGUCGGGGGAGGAGAUUCUGUGCAGCACGCGGCAAGUGAUAGCGGGCCUUGAGGCGCUGCGAGGUGAGAACCACACCCUCCUGGACAACCUGCAGGAGGUGCUGGAGGACCGGCCGGUGGCCGAGAGUGGCAGUGUGGAGCAGGAGAAGAGUGGCAUCAUCCGCCAGUCUCUGGAGAGGAUAGAGCUGGGCCUGGGAGAGGCACAGGUGAUGAUGGCUCUGUCGGCCCACCUGGGCUCCCUGGAGGCGGAGAAGCAGAAGCUGCGGACCCAGGUACGGAGGCUGUGCCAGGAGAACCAGUGGCUGAGGGACGAGCUGGCCAGGGCCCAGCAGAGGCUGCAGGACAGGGAGCAGGUGGUGGUCACGCUGGAGGAGCAGAACAGACACCUGCAGUUCAUGAGCAGUAUCCGCAAGUACGACCAGGAAUCGCCAUCACCGGAUGACAAAGAGACGGGCUCCACCAAGGAGUCCCUAGAUGACCUUUUCCCCACGGACGAGGAGGAACAGUCACAGAUAUCUCAGCCCCACGGUAGCAGUGCGGCAGCAGCGGCCCAGCAGGGAGGCUAUGAGAUCCCGGCCCGCCUGAGGACCCUUCAUAACCUGGUGAUCCAGUACGCCUCCCAGGGCCGCUACGAGGUGGCCGUGCCCCUCUGCAAACAGGCUCUGGAGGACCUGGAGAAGUCCUCAGGCCACAGCCACCCUGACGUGGCCACCAUGCUCAACAUACUGGCUCUGGUCUACAGAGACCAGAACAAGUACAAAGAGGCGGCUAACCUCCUGAAUGACGCGUUGGCCAUUCGGGAGAAGACCCUGGGCAUAGAUCACCCUGCGGUGGCAGCCACACUCAACAACCUUGCUGUACUGUAUGGAAAGAGAGGGAAGUACAAGGAGGCUGAGCCACUGUGUAAGAGAGCCCUGGAGAUCAGAGAGAAGGUGUUAGGCACGGACCACCCUGACGUGGCAAAGCAGCUGAACAACCUGGCGCUGCUGUGUCAGAACCAGGGCAAGUACCAGGAAGUGGAGCAGUACUACGAGCGUGCCCUGCACAUCUACCAGAGCAGGCUGGGCCCCGACGACGCCAACGUGGCCAAGACCAAGAAUAACCUGGCUUCAUGUUACCUGAAACAAGGGAAGUACAGACAAGCUGAGGCUCUGUAUAAAGAGAUCCUGACCCGGGCCCAUGAAAAAGAGUUUGGAUCUGUGGAUGGUGAUGUGCGGGACAUCUGGACCCACACGGAAGAGGAGGGCUCCAUGCAGGAUGGGCUGGGCAGUCUGAAGCGCAGCGGCUCAUUCACCAAGCUCCGCGAGUCAAUACGCAGGAGCAGCGAGAAGCUGGUCAGGAAGCUGAAAGGAGUCGGACCUCAAGAUACCACGCCUCCGACUCCUGGGAUGAAAAGGGCUAAUUCUCUGAAUGUGCUAAACGUGGGUGUGAGGGAGUGUCAAGAAGCAGCAAAGAACCCCUGCAGCCUGACAGAGAACCGAACCCUGAGCUCCAGCACCCAGAGUCUGGCACGGCGAGGAUCCCUCAGCUCUGCACACUACACCUCUGAACACUAGCCCCCCCCACACACACACACAUAUAUAUAUCCAGGAAGUACUCUCACACAGCUCUGGUCCCUACUCUCCGUCUCAGUGAACCUACAUAGGUCACUGCAACCCCCUUCCCUUGCUCUGUUUUAAAUCGAACAAUGAUCUGUUGAAGUUUGUUUACUGCACUAUGUUGUAGCGGGUGAAGGUCACUGAUACUCCUUGCCUGCUAGUUUUAUCCCCUGGUGCCCCAGUUCUGAGGUAUAGAUUAGGAUACACACAGCAAUGAGGACUGGUUUGAGAGAUUCAGAUUGAAUCCGUUUCAGACCAGAUUUAGUAUAUAUAUCUGUAUAUAUCUGUACAAGGAGGGAAAGCUUGAAUUCUUCAACGAUUGUUCACAAUUAUGAACAUCUUGAUAUUUGCAUUUUAACUGCAGUUGGGUCAACAAGUGCAUGCAAAAAAGGUCUUAUUUAUACAAUGUGGUUUUUAAAGUGUGUUACAUUCUGAUUUGAUCUCCUUGUGUCCAUUACCAGCGGUCCUCUUAUUUUUGGCACUAGGUGAUUUUAAUUCCACAAUUAAAACAAAUAUUUACUAAUAUCUAUUGAAUGUGAUGCACAAAUAGUGUAUUGGCUUCCAUGUUAGGUUGUGGUAAAGUGCUCUCCUUAUUCCACAAUACUAGAGCAAAAUCUGCACUUCCCAGUCCAGCGGUAGAAUGCAAUUUGUCUGAAAAUAUGUUUGUACUAUGUUUAGCAGAUUUCAUUAUGAGCAGAUAUAAAAAGCUUAAGCUAUUUUGAUAGCCCAAAAGUAAAAGCACUAUGUGCCUGUAUGUAAUAGCUUAUUUUUUUAUUUGUCUUAGUUUGGGGUACAUUUAUUUUUUUGGAUAGCUAGCUAAUUUAAAUUCCUUCUGAAACAUGUUUUUUAAAUGAUUUGAUUUUGUUGUCUAUGCAUCUUACACAGGAUGUUAUCAAGAGUAAAUAUGCAAUUCGAGGGACAAAAAGCGAUUAAUUCACUGUGGUGGUAUUUCCAAGUGAUCAUUUAAAAGGGCGGUAGAGGAGUCACUAUUGUAAACAGGUUCUAAUCUUGCCCUUUCGUUCAACUCUGGCCUAAAAAGUGGGCACAAUCCGAAUGUGGACAAGAUCAGGACACAGAAUGCAUGUUAGCACCAUGUACAGUAUAAACAGGGCUAUAAGCUGACAAAGCACAAGGGCUCUAUUCAAACUGUCAAGCUUUUCAUAUGCAGUGUUUUACCAUGAAUGCAAUCUCCAUUAACAUUGCCUUUAAAUUUCAAUCACGCUGAACUUCAGCGAUACAGAUUGAAUAGAGCCCUACAUCUUAUUUAUGUAGAAUUAUGUUCGCUGUUACAUAUGGAGAGCUUUCUUUGCAGAUUGUCAAUGUUAUUGAAAAUUACAAAUAUAUUUUAUAUCUGGAAACCAUAGCAGACAAAUGUCAAAUAAAGUAUGUCUCUUCAA